CUAUGCUCUUCCACUUUAUCUUCGUGCAUUAUCCUUGAUCAAUCCACCUGAAUCUUCUUGUCAUUCUGCUGUCCUUAUGAACAAUAUAUCAGAAGUGUUCACCGGAAUGGGCAAUUUGGAAGAAGCGCAAGGGUGGGCUGAACGUGGUCUCAAAUUUGUGGAAAACUUCAAGCCAAAAAAGAAAAUCACUAGAGAGUGUGAAGAGAGUUGUGGAGUGUUAUUAUUUAACUUGGGGAUGAUAUCCGAAAUAUCAGGUAGCAUUGCUAAAGCUCGCGAUUAUUACGAAAAAGCUCUCCAAUUGGCAAAGAAAAUUGAUUUCAAAGAUUGUGUGAAUGAAGCUGAACUUGCAUUACAAAGAACUGCUAUAUUAUUAAAGAAACAAGCACCAUAG